ACCUUCUGGUCAUGCUUCACUGCAGCAUUGAGAAACAUUAACUGUAUAACAGGAUUCAUGUUGUUGACCUACUGAGUGUUUCUGUGUUACAUUAAAUGACUCCUCAUGUUGUUUCCUAAAUAUAAUAAAUCUCCUCUCAGCCUCUCUGACUGUGAGUCCCAGCAGAUCUCAGAUGUUUAAAGGAGAGUUUGUCUCUCUGAGCUGUGAGGAGAACGACAGCUCUGCUGGAUGGAAGCUGAGGAGGAACACAACCAGAGGAACCAGGAAGGAGUGUGGAGACGGCUGGGGAAGAUUAUCUGGUUCCUCCUGUAAAAUCAGCUUCAUCAUCACACUGGACAGUGGAGUUUACUGGUGUGAGUCCAGAGAGGGAGCAACCAGUAACAGCAUCAGCUUCACUGUCACUGGUGGACCAGUGAUCCUGCAGAGUCCUGUCCUCCCUGUGAUGGAGGGAGAUGAUGUCACUCUGCACUGUAAAACAAAGACCGCCAACCUCCCAGCUGGUUUCUAUAAAGAUGGCUCCCUCAUCAGGACUGAGCCUGCAGGUCACAUGACCAUCCACCAUGUUUCCAAGUCUGAUGAAGGCCUCUACAAGUGUAACAUCAGCAGUCAUGGAGAGUCUCCAUCCAGCUGGAUCUCUGUCACAGGUAAACCUACAACCACAGCCCCGCCCCAUGUGUCUGAAGCCCCGCCCCCUGUAUCUGAAGCCCCUUACCAUGUAUCUACAUCCCCGCCCACUGCAUCUGGAGCCCCGCCCCCUGUAUCUGGAGCUCCUCCCCAGCUUGUGUUCAGACUGGUCUGCCACCUAGUGGUGUUCUGUCCGUACUUCAUCUCCACUCUCCUCAUGGUGUCUUUAUAUCGACACAGACCCACAGGAAAUGACCUACCAGUCUCCAUGGCAACACUCACCCAGGCUGAGCAGGGAUUGGAUGGUGACUAUGAUGACAUCAUCCCCUCUGUCACAGGCUGA